CAGCUCGGGGCUGAACUCCCUACCUGUGGCUGGGACCUUAAAUGAGCUGACGCUGGAAGAGAAAAGCACUUCAUCUCAGGUUUAGCGAGGAGUAGCAGCAGCAGCAGGGGCAGCAAUGGGACACUGCAUGUUCUUCACUGUGCUGCUUUGCCUGGUGUUGAGCCUUUCAGAAGGAAACACAUCUACAACAACUGACAACACUGCUGCCACCAAUUCUUCAUCAUUACCACCAGAUAGCUCAUCCACAACAACUGUGCAAACUUCCACUGCGUCUGAAACACUGCCAACAGAUACCACAUCUACGACAACUGAGAACAGUACUACCAUCCCUACAGUAACAACAACAGAAGGAAACACAUCUACAACAACUGACAACACUGCUGCCACCAAUUCUUCAUCAUUACCACCAGAUAGCUCAUCCACAACAACUGUGCAAACUUCUACUGCGUCUGAAACACUGCCAACAGAUACCACAUCUACGACAACUGAGAACAGUACUACCAUCCCUACAGUAACAACAACAGAAGGAAACACAUCUACAACAACUGACAACACUGCUGCCACCAAUUCUUCAUCAUUACCACCAGAUAGCUCAUCCACAACAACUGUGCAAACUUCUACUGCGUCUGAAACACUGCCAACAGGGGAGUUAUGCGGAUCCAGUUCUUGUGGAGGAAAAUUGUCUACGUGUGUCCCACUGUAUAGCACGUAUAUAUGCCAGUGCUCGUAUGGAUUCUACUACUACAGCAAUGAUUGUUAUCCAGGGAAGGUAUUCCCAGGUAUCGUUACACUGACACAAACGUUCAAUAAUGGUAUUCCUGAUGUAAAUUCAAUGGAGUAUCAAAAUAUAGUCCAAAACAUAACACAAUUUUUUCGAAACGCUUUUCAAAAUAUGACAGACUACAGGCAGACCAUCAUCGUGAAAUUUAAUUAUACAGAAGAUGCAAACACCAGAAGUAUUAAUAAUUCAGUGCAUGUAACAGUGAUGAAUAUCUUCAGAGAAGGCUCAACUGAGACCGAGACUAAUGUUGAGAAUGCAGUAACGGCAGCAGCAGGAAAUUUGAGCUACGUGAGUGGGUACAAAACUGCAUCCCCGUGUGCUGUUUAUCCGUGUGAUGACACAACCACAACAUGUGAGGAUGGUACAUAUCCAGCAUGUGUAUGUAAACCAAAUUUCACAAAGACAGCGUGGGACACAUAUUCUUGUUCAGAUUGCGCGAACUGUACAGAAGAAGAAAACAUGUUCUGUGACAGACAAGGUGGCAUUCCAGACUGCAAAUGCAUGAAUAACUUUAAAAAAGAGGGUGAAAAAUGUGUAAGGUGUCCAGUGGGCUACUCUGGAGAAGACUGUCAGAAUAAUAAAGAACUCAUCCUUAUAAUAGUGGGCACAGUGUUUGGAGUCAUUAUCUUGUGUUUAGUGGCAGCAGUCUCAAUUGUUUCAGUAAGAGCCAAGCACAGUCAUGAUCCGGAGAAAAAGAGGUUGAUAAAGCCAAGAAAUUCCAACUCAAAUAUCUCUGAGGAGACAAGGAUAUUCCCCAGGGUCCAGACCACUUCUGGCCAUGCAAACCCAGGAUAUCAGCCAAACAACCCUUACGAGGUGGAUUCCUCAAACAGAGGUGUCUUUGUGGAGAAAAAUUACGAUGACUUGUACGAAAUAUCGCGGCGGCCUGAGGACUUUCAGAUGCAGCGCAGAUAACUGAGUGGCCAGUAGUAGAAGGGUGGACGACAACCACAGCACUGGGUCAGACCAAAGAGCUUCACAGCCUCUUACCAGCACAGUUAUUUCAUCAGCAGAGACAACGGAGUCCAUAGUACAGGAUUCUGAAGAUUUUCUAAAAGAAGAUUCCUACUUGAAGAGAUGGGCAGUAACUCUUUGAAAUAAGGGACAAUAAAAAUAAAGCAGAGUGUAGGGAGAAGGAGACUUUUAAAAAGCUAAAAUGGUCCUGUGGCCAUUCCUAUGAACUUUCAAUGGACUAGAGCAUUGGCAAAUAAGUGAAUGUAGACAAGAUACCAGGAUUUUAACCCAGCUGUGUUUCAGUUCUUCUGAAAGAUGGUCCAUGCAAUGUGUGUGAUGCUGGAAAUGCCAGCUGCCAGAGCUUUGCCUACAUUUGUGCUCACUUGCUUCAGGCAGAGGCGUAUCAAACAGUAUCGAAACUUUUGUAAGAACCUAACAUUGUUGUCUUUACUGUAUCAGUCUUUCUCCCUUCCUCAGCCCCCCCAUUAUUUUCUAUCUGAAAGCAUUCAGUUCAUAUCUCUGCUGGCACCUGUUGUGAGAGACAACCAUGUCUGACCUCUUGGGGGCCUUCCUUCCCAAUACAACUCCAGAAACUAUUAUCUUCAAACCAGCACUGAUGUUCUCCACUUCAUGCAAAUACGUUGAUUUUACAUUCUCAGCUACUGUGGAAAGAAUUGGCACCUUUUUUUUCCUCUUUUAAUCUGUAAGAUUAAAUGGAAUCAUCUUAAAUCUUUCUUUUUCAUUAUUUCAUAAUUCUGUUAAAAAAUCAUGGAGACCUAAAAAGCAUUUCAUGGAGAAUACAUGUGCAUCAUCUUUUGACUGGUGCUGGCACUUCUUUAUACAUAUAUAUAUAUAUAGAAUAUAAUGUCCAAAAAUGUACAUAUAUUUAUAGAUUAUAUUCAUUUAAAUCAUCAUUUAAUCUCAUGUUUUAUGGUUGUUGUUGGUUUUUUGUUGUUUUUUUCAUAUAUGCCGGUUAAUAUUUCCUAUUAAAUAUUAUCAUUCCUCAGUA